CAGAGAACGUCGUGAGAAGUGGUCUCCAACUAAGUGAAGUCAACACAGUGUCCUACUACAGUUAUUGGUUCGCUCGCAUUUAGGUCUUCAACCAUUUAAAUACCCCGGCACCUGAAUCUCUUUUUCUCCACAGAAGUCGCUUUAACUUUUUCACUCAAGAUUUCAGCAUGUCUUCUAUCAAUAAAGAUAUAGACAUUACCACGGUUGAAAACACCCAUGUAGUGCCAAAUGACCCUGAGCUUGAAGCUCGUGAGCGCGCUUUGGUCAGAAAGUUGGAUAUGAGAAUCGUCCCCACUCUCACUUUCAUCUACAUUUGUCAACGUCUCGAUAAUUCCAACAUCGGUAAUGCAAAGGUUGCUGGUUUGCAAACGGAUUUGGGCUUGACCAACUCGCAAUAUAGUUGGUGUAUCUCCAUCUAUACACUUGGCGUCAUUGCUAUGCAAAUCCCCAGUAACAUGUUGUUGGAGCGGUCAAGACCUUCAAGAUAUCUGCCUGCCUUGAUUGCCCUUUGGAGUGUUGUUAGUGCCUUGACAUCUUUGGUCAAAGAUUACAAGAGUAUUCUUCUUGUUCGUUUCUUCCUGGGAAUUACUGAAGCUGGAUUUUGGCCUGGUGCCGUCUUCGUUCUCUCCACUUUUUACAAACCCCGUGAAAUUGCUAUGCGAAACUCUAUCUUUUACUGCGGUAACUGGUUGAGCGGUGCUUUAGGUGGUGCCUUAGCUGGUGCAAUUAUCCAAGGUAUGGAAGGAAAGGGAGGACUUCCUGGUUGGAGAUGGCUCUUUAUUUUGGAGGGAUGCAUUACUUUCGUUGUCGCUUUCGCUGCUAUUUGGCUUCUACCCGAUUAUCCUGGUACUACCACUUGGCUUACUGAGGAAGAGAGAGAUUUGGCUGUCAGACGUUUGGGCCAAGGAAAGCCAAAGGAAAAGUUCUCGUUCAGCGGUCUCAAGGCAGCUGUGCUCGAUUACAAGAUCUGGGUUUUCAUUAUCAUCUUCAUGGCCAUUCAAACUGGUGGUCAGCUCAACUAUUUCAUGCCUACUAUUAUUCAAAACAUUGGUUACACCGGAAGUAUGACACAGUAUAUGACAAUUCCUGUCUACUGCUUUGCCGCCAUUCUUUCUUUGAUCGUAUCCGUCCUCUCUGAUCGUCAACAACUUCGCAGUCCCUAUGUUGCAUUCUGCAUGACCUUGGCUGUCAUCGGUUACAUCUUCCAAAUCUCAACUGAAAACAAGGCUCUUCUUUUCUUCUCCUUGUUCUUGUGCGGUGGUGGUGUUUGGGCAUCACUUGGUGUAUCACUAGCUUGGCUCGGUGACUGUGUCCCUGGACCGCGCGACAAGAAAGCUAUUGGAUUCGCAUUGUUGAAUAUGAUUUCGCAGCUUUCCAACUUCUAUGGCCCUCAGUUGUACACCAACCCUCCCAAGUACCUUGUUGCCAACAUUGUCAUUCUGGUCUACAUGUCCCUUGGUGUCGUCCUUUGCUUUGGUUUGCGUUUCUUGCUCAAGAGAGCUAACAGACAGUUGGAUGACAAGUAUGGUGUCCCUAUGACUGAAAAGAAACAAGUCAUUCCCGAUGAUCGCGAUGUGGGUGAUGUUGCUCCCGAGACUGGAGUCAACAAGAACUUCCGUUAUCUUUUGUAAUUUUUAUCUGUAUUAUAUUGAAGUAUAUCCCCUAAAUGAC